AUGGCGGCCACCGCGGCUCUGGCUGUGGCGAGCUCCUGGGAGUUAUGCGACAAGUACAAGAGCUAUCCCGUCAAGAUCAAGGACGUGGAGGUCCUGCCGGAUCCCGUUGUGAGCGGCCAGGAUGCGGCAUUCGUUGUUCCAGCGAGCACAAUGUCACUGUGCUAUGGCAUAACAUCCCUGUGCAUCGAGAGGUGGACAAAGUGCCCAAUUGCUGCUGGUGAUUUCGUCUUGAACAGCACCCAAGCGCUGCCUGGAUUUACGCCCUCUGGGAAGUACAAGAUUAGAAUGCAGAUCGCUUGUGCAAAACAUCCAGUUCCAGAUCGUUUGGCGACGAUUAGACAAGUUAUUAAGUUUCGCAAAAGCAAUAAAAAGGGUUCUGUGCUAGAAGCUUUACCAGAGCUUACUGCUUCUAGCUGUUCUUUCUGUCUCGGCUGCAGCUCCUGGGCACCUUGUGACGUGAAAGUUGUCGUGGACCCUGCGAUUACUGGCGAAGACGUCGAGUUCCAAGUCACUGGUUCAUCAAGUGCUAGAUUGGCGUCGGGAAAGCUUGCGAUCACAGUCUACUUCCAUGGAAUUUUUGUGCGCAGGGAGAUCUACGAUCUGUGCCAGAAAACAAGCUGUCCAGUUGAAGCAGGAAACUUUGUGCUCAAGAGCGCCCAAAACUUGCCAUCGGUCACGCCAUCGGGAGCGUAUCGAUUGAAGCUCGAGAUGUUAGACCCCAAGAACAAACUCCUCGCUUGCGCGAUGGUCAAUUUCGAUAUUGUAAGACCAAAUCCACUCACACCAACGACAAGUGGCAAGACAGCAUCAAAGGAACAAAAAUUGUCUUUUGCAAAUAUUGCGAAGUUAGACUUUAGUAGUCCCUAGGUGGGUGGUAUAUUUGCUUAGUUUUCACAGGUGCACUGCCCGGGAAUGAAAAACCCGGAUCUGUUCCGUGGCAGGACUAUUCUACCACUGCUUAAGUCAAAUAAAUGAGUUAAAAUUUA